UCGCGUGUCAGACGCUUCGCUUCGGUUCGCGUCGCGCGCGCUCCGUUGGCGGCGACCAUUUGGGCGAGAUUAUUUAAUAAAGAUUUAUAAAUAAUUCGACACGAAAAUAAACAUUUAUCUGACUGGACUUUGCCUUAAAGUAUGCUAUAUAGAAAAAUAAUCCCUUGUGAUUUGUAGUCCAGACUUAGUAGUAAAUUCUAACAAAAAGUUCGGCAACAAUAUUAAGAAGUGAUACUUAAUAAACUGAACAAAUAAAAUCAAGGCGAUAAUAAAAAUACUUGGAAAUAAAAAAUAAUUCAACAACCCUGAACAAUAAUUAAAUAAUACAAAAGCAAGUUCAAACGACAUUAACUUAGAACUGACAAAGUUAAAGCUUACAUAUAGAUGAACAUGAAUAAAUAAAUUUAAAUUCAAGAAGUAACUGCAAGCUUAUAAAACUUAAAAAUAUCGUCAACCAAACAAAUUUAAGAAGCUAGAAACAUUUAUUUUAAAAACCAAUCUGCAAAGCUGAAAAAAGUCGAACCAAUAGAAACGAUUUUAUAAUAUACAUAAAUAGGAAAAUGCAAUUUAAAUAAAAAUAAUAGCUUUUCACGCCAAUUCAAAUAGACACAAAAUGCCUAAAAAAACAUGAAAUUGAAUUUAAGUAAAUAAAGCACUACACACAUAGUAGCUAAAUAAAUAUGAAGUAUAUAUGCAAACGUAUAAUAAACAUAGUGUCUAAAAAACACACAUAGAAAGCAAAACAAUCAGCCGCUGAAGAAAGAUAAACUUUCAUAGAAUUCAAUUUAGUUUAAUAAUAACAGUUGCAAUAUAAAAAAGAUAUAAAUAAUACAAAAUGUCGAUGGCAUUAUGCAAUUUAAAUGGCGAUGGCAGCACGGCGCAGUCGACGUCUGCGUCGCCGGCUGCUGCGGCAGCGCCGUCGCUUUCUCACUCGCACACGCUGCAGCAGGAGAGUACGCCGCUGCUUUUGGGUCACGACCAAAGCAGCGCUGCGGCAGAGGGCAGCGGCAGCGGCAGCGGAGGUGGCGUUGGUGACGUCACAGAUGGUACGGUAACUUCGAUUGAAAUGCCCGCUGUUGCAGUUGGCGAUCCUGUGCCGCAAUCGCUGCCUCUGCCGGCGUCGCUGCCGAUGCCGCCGCCACCGCUGCUUAUGGCGCUGCCCGCCAAUCUGAACUUCGUAACGGGACCCACGACGCAACAGCUGAUGAUCGGCAAUGGCGCCGUUGGCGUCGCUCCCUCGACCAAUGACAACAAUAACAACAACAACAAUAUGGACAAUACUAGCGACGAAUCGAACCCGGUCACCAUUUACAGGUGCCGGGCUCCCAUUGCGUCACUCGACUGUAUGGAGGAGUUCAGUGGCCGUUCGAUCAGCUUGGGCUCCAAUCCGGCACUCCCGCUGCGCCAUGGAUCCACUCCGACGCCGGGACUGCGGUACAAGAAUCUCGGCAAGAGCGGUCUCCGGAUCUCGAACGUCGGCUUGGGCACAUGGCCCGUUUUCUCGCCCGGCGUGAGCGAUGACCAGGCGGAGGCCAUCCUUAAGUUGGCCAUCGAGAGUGGGAUCAACCUGUUCGACAUCUCGGAGGCGCACUCGGAAACGGAGAUUGGCAAGAUCCUGCAGCGGGCGGGAUGGAAGCGGACUGCCUACGUCAUCACCACAAAGGUCUACUGGAGCACCAAAUCCGAGGAACGGGGACUUUCCCGGAAACACAUCAUCGAGUGCGUUCGUGCCAGUUUGCAACGAUUGCAGCUACAGUACAUCGAUAUCGUUAUCAUCCACAAGGCAGAUCCCAUGUGUCCCAUGGAGGUGGUGCGCGCCAUGAGCUACGUGAUACAACAGGGCUGGGCAAUGUACUGGGGCACCGCGCGGUGGAGCCAGGUGGAGAUCAUGGAGGCGUACACCAACUGCCGGCAGUUCAACUGCAUCACGCCGAUCGUGGAGCAGUCCGAGUACCACAUGUUCUGCCGCGAGAAGUGCGAGCUCUACCUGCCGGAGAUGUACAACAAGAUCGGCGUGGGCCUGAUGGCCUGGGGUCCCCUCUCGAUGGCCCUGAGCGACACCCAGAACGGCGACAAGCUCUUCCUGCCCAAGGGCUCCUUCAAAACGAAGAGCUUCUCGUGGACCGAGGACGAGAUUAAUCGCAAUGCCGCUUUGUCGCCGCAGGGCAGUUGGGGCAAGGACCGAAUUGAGGAGGGGCGCCGCCACUGCGAUCGCCUUCGCGACCUUGCCGCCCUCGCUGAAAAACUGGGCUGCAGCCCCACCCAGCUGUCGAUCGCCUGGUCGCUGAAACACGAGCCUGUCCAAUGUUUGCUAUUAGGUGCUACAUCAGCGGAGCAGCUUCACCAGAGCCUGCAGUCGUUGCAGCUGCUGCCGCGCCUCUCGUCGAGCGUUAUGCUGGAACUGGAGCGGAUCCUGGAGAACAAGCCGGUGCGGCCGCCGAUGAUCUCGACUCUGGCGCUCCGGUGACAAUCAGCGUGCCCGCAGGGGCCGCUCAGCCUG